GUUCGCUCUCCCCUGUCCACUGCGAGCUCGGAGCGUAAACGGAGAACGAACGCUCUCUCCUUCGACUCUUUUAAAUAUAUCCCCACCCCCCCCCUCUAAAAAUCUCUAUAUUUCCCUAUCACUCCUCUAAUUUUCCCUCUCUCUCUCUCUUUUUCUUUUUUUUUUCCCCCCCUUGGCGGGGGAGUGGGGGAGGGAAGGGAAUUAAGUUUUUGGAAUUCUCCUCCUCUUUUCCCUCAGCAAUUUAAUUAGCUUCGAAUUUCACCCAAAAAUCGAAGGAACAAACGAGAAAUUGACGAAGUUAUGGAGAGAGCAAAGCGAGAAAGCCUAGCGGAGAUAGCGUCGUUUCCGAGCGACAUAGGCUCCGCCAGCUCCGCCGUGUCGAGCGUCCUCCUCUCCGGCACCAACGCCCUCGACUCCAUCUUCUCCCACCUCCCCCCUCCGCUCCCUCCGCCGCCCCUUCGGCCGUUUCUCCCGCCGCUCUCCGCCGCGGCUGCGCCGGAGCAGCUCGGCUCCGGCGUCUACCUCCGGCAGACGGAGCUCCUCCGGCGGCUCGGCGUGGCCCUGGCGCGCGCGCACCCCUGCUACGCCCACCGCGGAGGGUUUGGGGGGGCGGCGGCGGCGGCGGCGUCGGCGCGGGGGACGAAGCUGUACCGCGGGGUGCGGCAGCGGCAGUGGGGGAAGUGGGUGGCCGAGAUCCGGCUCCCGCAGAACCGGGUGCGGGUGUGGCUCGGCACCUACCGCCCCGCCAAGCCCAACCCCAAGCCCAACACCAACCCCAACCCCAGCAAAAAAGAUCCCCCGGCAAACGACGAUAGUAAUAAUAACAACAGCAACCAUAACAACAAUCAGAGUAUCAAUAAUUCUCACGCGGUGGUAGCACCAAGUCCGUCCCAGGAGUGCCCCGCGAACACGUCGUCGUGGUCGUCGUCAUCGUCUUCGUCAUCAACCUCCUCGGAGAGCGCGGCGACCGUCGGAUUCGCCGAAAUGGACGGCGAGUGCUCGCUCGCAAGGAUGCCGUCGUUCGACCCCGAGUUGAUAUGGGAGGUGCUAGCUAAUUGAGCUUCCCAGCCAGGCGCGCAAGGUACUAGUUCUAGAGUUAUGCAGAGUGUACAAGAUACAGCCAUAUGUAGAAGAGAAGGAAAUUUACAAAUAACCAACCCUCUGAACUUUAUGAAAAUUUUUAGAAAUCCUCUCGCUCCGGAGUCCGGAGCAGUCCCAGACCUGUCAAUGAUCUAGUUGGUUUUGUUUAGGUGACCUUUUAAUCAGCUUCAAAUUCAAAUUUUUGCUCAAAUGGUUUUUUUGAACCAACUAAAAGAUAUUAUAAAGUAAGGGGCGGUUUGAAAAUUUUUGUUUAUGUUUGCUCGUUCGUGGGCAACUUGUUUUUGAUAGUUGUUAUGAAGUAAUCACGGCGGGAGUUCAAGUGGCAGGUCAAGGAUUUUUUUUUUUUNUUUUUUUUUUUUUUUUUAAUCAUAAAGUUCAGGGGUUGUUUGUAAACUUCUCACAAGAAAUUGAGAGUUGAUGUUGGUUGCUGCUGAGUCUUAACAGAGCAGCAGUUUGAGUUUGUAUUCAAAUCCGAAUUUUACAUGGAUUUUAUUGUGAGUA